AUGUCGUUAAUAAAUGAACCAGUUUUAAAUAUUAUUGUUGUAGGAUUUCAUCACAAAAAAGGAUGUCAGGUGGAACAUUGCUAUCCAGAGCUGGUAUCUGGUCGGCCAACCGAGCUACCAGCAGCAUGGAGACAUUUACCAGCACUGGCUCUUCCUGACGGGUCUCACAAUUAUUUAUCUGAUACCAUUUAUUUCAAUUUGCCAGGUUUGAACGAACCUGCUCACACUGUUUACGGGAUUUCAUGUUUUCGACAAAUUCCAGUAGAGCAAGUAGUUCAAAAAACUGAUGACAUGACACGAAGCUCAGUGCAGAAAAGUGUCUGUGUCAUAUGUCGGGCACCUUUGUUUGGGAGGCUUGCUGUCAAAUUGGAGCUUGUAGUGCGGGCCUGGUUUCUACAAGGAGACUUUUCACAAACUCAACUCUUAGAGGAUGCAUAUAAACACCUCAAUAGUUGUCCUGUCCAAGUAGAUCAAAUGCUUGAAGGUCUAUCAGUGUUGCACUUAAUAGAGAAUUGGAAGCAUAAGGCACUACUCCUUUUUAAAUUGCUUUUGCUCAGGCGAAAAGUUCUUAUUUAUGGAUCUCCAGCUGGCACGCUAUCUUCGGCUUUAUUGUCGCUACUGUCACUGUUGCCUCAAUGUAUAGAAAAUGGUUUGACGCAUGCUGCCAAUGUGGUACUAUCAAGACCUUUAUCGCCAGUUCCAAUGUUUGAUACUCAAAGUAACGAUGUAGUUGAGAGUGCUACAGAAGUAUCCGAUGAAUCUUUUAUUGAUGGAUCUAGCCAAGCUGAGGAGUUAUCACCAAAAGAAACUGGCAAUUUGUUGGAGGAAAAAGAUAGAGUCAGCCGGCAAAGUUUUGAUGAGACUAUCCUAACAGACGUUGUGGAUAGACAAGAGAUCUCUUCAGCUAGUAGAGAAAAAUGCCAUAGUAUAGGUGACAAAUAUAAACCACAGAAAGUCAUAAUAGAAGCUCAACAAAGUCCUACAAUGGCUCGUGACAUGAGCGUUGAUGGGUUAUAUAAUUUAACAGGGCAAAUAGAUCAUGCAGAGUGUGGUUUCCCAUUGCCAUUGUUCGAGAAUGGUUAUUUGUGUUUACCUUAUUUAUCACUCCAGUACCUUGACCUUUUGUCAGAUUCUGCUGUUCAAGGCUUCGUAGUUGGUGCUUCUAAUGUACUUUUUAAACAGAAGAGGCAGUUAUUUGAUGUCCUUGUUGAAUUGAAUGAGAUGAGAAUAGAAACUGCUGAUAUAGCAUUAAGGAGACAGUUAACUCUUGGCACCGAGGAUCUACGAUUUGCAGAUCAUGUGGUACGUCAUGGUUCCACUCAGGGUGAUUCUUGGAUUAGGGAUCAAUUUUCUAGUUAUCUAAUUUAUCUUUUAAGGACAUCUUUGUUGCCAGAAGGCAGCAGAGAAAUAGACUCUUAUAAUGCUCAAUUUAUGGCAGCUUUUAAAACUACACCAGCUUACCAGCAAUGGUUGAAGAAUACAAAUAAUGGUAACAUUGAAGCGUUCACAAAUCUUACCCCCAUGCAUCCUUUUUGUGGACAGUUGUCAGUAGCAGAUAUGAAACUGAAGUUAGCUCAUACGAUGUCUACAACGGAAGGAGGGCGGAAAGUGACAGCGGCAGUGGCUAGCACAGGCCGUGCAGUGGCCACGACGUCGCGGGCCGUCGGCGGAGCUCUAUCUCAAGCGCGAGGCGCCCUCUCCGGUUGGUGGAGCGCCCUCACAACGCCAGCGCCGCCUUCAGGCGACGUUCCGUCUGAUGACGUCCUCCCCUCUGACGCUGAAGAAGCAGCCGAUGAACCAGACCAGGACGAUAAUAGGCUCCGCUCCGAUCCCCCAGAUAAGGCAAUAGAGGAGAAUGCAAAUAACAUAAGUAAUAUAAAAGUGGUUUAA